AUGCGCGGGCACAAACACACGACCAGCGCCUCAGUGAACCAAAAAGCGCACCUGGCCUCGGCGUACAACGAGCUCGGCAAAGAGCUCUCCUCGGCGCGCGUGCGCGUCGUGGGCAACUACACGCUCGGCAAGACGAUCGGCGCGGGGACGUACGGCAAGGUUCGCCUGGGCACGCACCGCCUCACCGCCGCGCGCGUCGCGAUAAAGCAGAUCCCCAAGGCGAUGAGCGCGUCGCUCACGCGGGAGAUACACCACCAUCGACAGCUGCACCAUCCGCACGUCGCGCAGCUGUUCGAGGUUAUCGCUACGGAGCAGAGUAUUUGGCUCGUCACGGAGUUAUGUGCAGGCGGCGAGCUGUUCGAUUAUCUCGCGGAGAAGGGGCGCCUGAGCGAGAGCCAUGCGCGCGCGCUGUUCGGGCAGCUGUGUUUGGCGGUGGGUUAUAUCCACGAGAAGGGGAUCGUGCACCGCGAUCUGAAGCUCGAGAACGUGCUGCUGGACGAGCGGUGCAGGGUCAAGCUGGGCGAUUUUGGGUUUACGCGGGAGUGGGAGCGCAGCGGGUAUUUGGAGACGUUUUGUGGGACGACGGGCUAUGCGAGUCCGGAGAUGCUUGAGGGGUUGAGGUAUGUCGGGCCGGAGGUGGACGUAUGGUCUCUAGGCGUGAUACUCUACUGCCUCUUAACAGGCGGCCUCCCCUUCGACGACGACGACGAGUCCAUCAUGCGCCUCAAAGUAAUCCGCGCAGAAUUCGCCCUCCCCCCCUUCCUCACGCCCCCCGCCCGCGACCUCCUGCGCUCCAUCCUCCAAAAAGACCCCACCAAGCGCUCCACGAUCCCCCAGAUCCUCGCGCACGCGUGGUUCAAGGGCGAUGUCCCCAGUGCGCUCGUGGGCGAGGCGGAGGGCAUUCAGUCGAAUUCGAAUGGGGCAGAGGGCACAGCGGAUAAUACGAGCAGCAGUGCGAGCGCCAGUGCGAGCGACGAGGACGGCGCGGACGAUAGCAGCAAUACCACGCCCGACCCCUCCCCUGACGACGAUCUCGAGGCGAACGGCAGCGUCAGCCGCCGGCCCUCGCAAGCCACCAUCCGCAACCCCAUCUCCACCCCCGCCGCGAAAGCGGAGGGCAAGAAGCCCGAGACGGUAUUGGAAGAAGACUCAGCAGGGACGGGGCUGGAGAGGGUGCGGACGAACGAAAGUCUUAGUUCGCCUGCGUUGCCGACGCGCACGCCUGUAAGGACGAAACGGAGGAGCGUCUCGUCCACACUCGGUGAUCCGCGCGACGAGUCGCCCUCCCGCCGUUCUCCGUCCCCCGGGCGCAGCGACGGCGGCGACGACAACACGAAGACGCGCACGAGUGCGGACGGGAGAGAAGGUGCAGGUGAAGGUGGCGAGGGGGAGGGUAAAGGCGGAGGAGCGGGGGGAGGGGCGGGCAAAGCGACGGACUUCGCACAUGCGCUGUCCAAGCCUGCGCCUGUGAUAUUUGGCACGGCGCUGGAGAGGGAGCUCUUGAAUAGCCUGAGCGCGUUGGGGUUCGAUACCGGCCAGGUCGUCCACUCGGUCCUGUCCAACGCAUGCGACUCGGCCGGCGCGAUAUGGUGGAUGCUCAAACGGCGCGCCGAGCGCCGCGCUUUGGAGUCCGGCUCCGCAUCCUCUCCAGCCGAAGUCGACGUAGAAGACGAGAUUGCGAGCCGCCGCCCGUCCUCCGACUCCAUCCCAAACGACAACGCCCGCAAACCGCGCGAACAGCGCCGCUCCGAGUCCCCGACGCGCAAAGGCAAAUCCGCGCUCAUCUCCUCAUUACAACCACUCACGAGCUCGACGCCCGCACCUGCACUGGCGUUUAUACCGCCCACGCCUGUGACAUUGACACAUGCCAUCCGGCCCCAGACGCCCCCGAACCGCUCGACGUCGCCGAUACACCAUCUGCUGAGCGCGUCGAAUACGGACGGGAGCAUACGGAGUAGUGCGGAUGGGAGUAUGAGGAGUAGCGCGUCUACUCCGAGCGCGCUCGGGCGGGACUCUGUCGGCUCAGGUGGGAAAGGCGACUUGGGCGGGAGUGCAGGGGGAAGUGUGGGGAAAGGAGACGCAGGAGGAGGAGGAGGGAGUAAAGGACGCGCGAAGCGGAGCGGGAGCGUGAGCAUUAUGCAGCGCGCGACGACCGCGCUCGAGGCUGCGGGGCUUGUUAGGAAGAAGAGCGCCGAGGCGGUGUUGCCCGGGUCUAAUACGCCCACUAGCAGCCGGAUCGAGCGGGAGGGGAAGAGGCCGUUGACGGGCGAUGCGAAGGAUAAGGAUAAAGGAGGGGGAGAAGCGGCGAGACCGUUCACGCCCGACGAUAAAAGCGUGCACUCCUCGCACCACCCGCGUUCGCCGCCGCUCGCAGUGGACCUCACACCACAGCCCUUACCGAUUCAACACGUCCCCUCCGUCCCAGAGUCCCCAUGGGUGAUGGCGGGCGGCAUCGCGGACAGCGGCUCGCUGGACGAUAUCGCGAACGGCUCGCCAAGGGAUACGCUCACGGCGCUGCCGGUUAUUACGGGGAGCGGCGUGAAGAGCGGGCAUGGGCGGAAUCGGGGGAGCUUGUUGA